CUUGCAUCACCGGCAUCAGUUAGGCAUCUUGGGAAUUUUUCUCUCUCUUUUUUUUUUUUUUCCUCUUGCCUGGACCAUCUGCUCACGUGACGCAUGAUUUAUAACACAGCUCGUUGGCCAGCCAUUUUGGUCCAUGCCCACCCAGAGCGCUGCGCACAGCCAAUCCUAUUACAGUGAUCGGGGCUGAGCAGGGGAGAGCGAGGCAGGGAUUCCACCACCGGCAGGCAUACGCAACGCCUCUCUGUCGCACGGCCGGGCAGCUGGGGAGCAGUGGGGGAGCGGUAGCAGCCGGCCAGCCUUUGUUGUUGAGACAGCGGCUAUUUCCCCUCAAUCACCUGCGAUCCGAGGGGGGUCCUGCGGAGGCUGAGAGAAGAACAGCAUCCUUUUAGUCCCGCGGGGGAUCGCUGUCAGCAUCUCCUCCUUCUCCCCUUUUUCCCUUUGUUUUUCCUCCUCCUCUUCUGUCUCCCUGCCACACCGCUCGUGUGAAGGCUUCUGGCGGACCUGCUGUGGAGGUUUGCUGUGGGUUUUUUUUCCCCUUUUUCUUUUCUUUCCUCUGUUUUGUUUUGUUUCGGACGCCCGGCUCGGCGGACGGAACCGGGGCUUUCUGCUGCCGCCUCUGUUGCACCAGCUGAGUCAUCAUGUCCGAUCUGACGCCCCAGAGCGAUGCCCCCACCCCCACCACGGAAAAGAUCACGCAGGCGGCCAGGGAGACCAUCUACCUUUGCAACUUUCGGGUAUCCGUGGACGGGGAGUGGCUCUGUCUGCGAGAGCUUAAUGACAUCUCCCUCACCCCCGACCCCGAGCCUGUCCAUGAAGAUCCUAAGGACCCCAUCGCGAUCGAGAGGCUCAACCUGAUGAACAUGGCCAAACUGAGCAUCAAGGGGCUGAUCGAGUCUGCGCUGAACCUGGGCCGAACCCUGGACUCCGACUACGCCCCCCUCCAGCAGUUCUUCGUGGUGAUGGAGCACUGUCUGAAACACGGACUGAAAACCAAGAAGACAUUCCUGGGACAGAACAAGUCUUUCUGGGGCCCCCUGGAGUUGGUGGAGAAGUUAACCCCAGAAGCGGGAGAAAUCACAGCUAGUGUGAAGGACCUGCCUGGGCUCAAAACACCCUUAGGGAGAGGGAGGGCCUGGCUUCGCCUUGCCUUGAUGCAGAAGAAACUGUCAGAUUACAUGAAGACCAUCAUCAACAGGAAGGAUUUGCUCAGUGAAUUCUAUGAACCGAAUGCCUUAAUGAUGGAGGAGGAGGGUGCUGUGAUCGCCGGGCUCCUGGUGGGGCUGAAUGUCAUUGAUGCAAACCUCUGCAUGAAGGGGGAGGACCUGGACUCUCAGGUUGGCGUUAUAGAUUUCUCAAUGUAUCUGAAGGAUGGAGGUCAUAGCAGUAAGAGCACAGAAGGUGAUGGACAGAUCACAGCAAUUCUUGACCAGAAGAAUUACGUUGAGGAGCUCAACAGACACUUGAGCGCCUCUGUGAAUAAUCUCCAGGCAAAAGUGGAUGCGCUUGAGAAGUCAAACACAAAGUUGACAGAAGAGCUUGCAGUUGCAAACAACAGGAUCAUAACUCUUCAGGAAGAAGUAGAGCUAGUGAAGGAGGAAAGUUCUUACCUCCUGGAGUCCAAUCGCAAGGGGUCGAAAUCGGAAGGCAUGGCAGAUGGACAAGUGCUCGGAGAGGCACGCAAACAGCUCAAGGAAGAAACCCAGCUACGAUUGGACGUGGAGAGGGAGCUGGAGCUGCAGAUUGGGAUGAAGCAGGAGAUGGAGCUGUCCAUGAAGAUGCUGGAGAAGGACAUCUGCGAGAAGCAGGACGCGCUGGUGGAGCUCCGGCGGCAGCUGGACGACCUGCGGACACUCAACCACGAGCUCACCCACAAGUCGCAGAGCUCCGAUGCCGCCGUGAAACAGAAGAGUGAAUUAAUCAGCCGAUUGGAGGAGAAGGCAAACCAGAUGGCAGGGACUAUUAAACAGCUGGAGCAGAGAUCCAGGCAGGCGGAGCGCGAGAGGGACCUGGCCGACGAAGCCAACCGCCUCUUUAAGCAGGAGUUCGGGGACAAGAUCGAGAGCCUGCAGCUGGAGGUGGAGCAGCUGAGGAAGCAGAGGUACGGACUGGAGUUGGAGCUGAGAAGGGAGAGGGAGAGGAAGACGGGUGUCCACACUGAUUCUGUGUCUGUGGAGAAGAAGCCAUCUUCCCCUCCGAAGGAUGCCAAACAGCAAGUGGAGGAAAUCAGAAAGGAACUGGAGGCAGUCAAAAAAGAAAAUGAUCAACUGCGGACAGUAUUGGAGGAGAAGGAAAGUCUCAGCUCAAGCUUGUCUUUGUCACAAAAUGAAGAUGAACAGGAUCAGGCAUUAAUUGAAGACAGUAAGCCAUCUAUCUGCAGCAUGUGUGAAGAGACAGACUCGCUGACGAGGACCAAGAAACUAUGCAAGAACUGUGGAGAGGUUUUCUGUGAGAACUGCCUUGCCAACGAGUUGCCUUUGCCAUCUUCAAUAAAUCCUGUACAAGUCUGCAAUGUGUGCCAUUCGAAAUUGCUGCAGCAAUAUGCCUCAAGUCCAUCCUGACCUACAGGAAGGCUGGGAAUACAAGUGGCUUCGGCACAUUGAAUAAACAUAUCAUAUACUGAGAAAUAUCAAAGACAGGAGCAGGUGUGACUGUUUGAAUUUUGAGUUUAUUAACAGGGCAGUAAGUGAGAUACCACAAGGAUUGGUCUUUAGCUUUAGGACUGUUGGUAGAAAGGGAUACAUUGGUGUCCACUUGUGUGAAAGGUUUUUAAUUAUCAGUGUUGUGUAUGUUCGCAACUGCAUUGAUCACAGUAUCAUGGACCGGAUGGUUUGACUAAAAAAUAUGUGUCCACCAAGUGGAUUUGAAUGGAGCACGUGCGAGCCGAAUGGAUAUCCUGCAGCAUGUGGUACAUGAAACAUGAUUUAAAAAUAUUAGCAAAUAGGGUGAACUGCUAUUAUAGCACUUGAAUUGUUCUCAAAGCUCUUUCAACAGUCUGCAUUUCCCACAUUGACUAUGUUAUGUUUUGAGUUAGCCUUAAGUAAAUGACACAGAUUCAGUUAUUCAUGUUGUUGUAUGUAUUAGUGGUGAAAUCAGCUUGGCUACCAAACCCGGGCUCAUCUCAUGAAUCUGUGGAGCAAGAGAUUUUCUCUACAGUUAUCUGAAGCUACCAAAAUGAAACAAUAUUUGCACGUUCUGCAGUGCACAGCAUUUAGUGGUUUCAUUCUGUGUUUUAAAAAUAGUAGUUAUUCACAGAAUUACUCAGUUGGAUUACUGAAACACUCAAAAUCGCACAGAAUGGCAUUUAACCUGAUAACUUCCUCUUUGGUGUAUUUUUUUUUUUAUUUAUUCUUAUCUUUUGUGUAUCUUGGCAUGUCUUAAAACACCUAGGUGAAGCAGCGGUCUUACUUUGUCGUCAUCAUUCAUCUCUUAUUUUUUUUUUCUCGUUUCCACUGCGUGUUCUGUACCGUGAGAAUAGAUUUGGGUUAAACAUGGAAUGUGUCAUAUCAGGAUUCCAUUUACAGUAAUUAAAAGCGUUGCACAAUCAAGCUAUCUGCAUUGCUUUAUUUGAAUCAUGAGCUCUGCUCUCAUUGAAUUGUAACUAUAACCUGCUGUUGAUGGAAAUGAAGGUGUAACAUUUUAUUUUCUUGGUUUUUAUUUUCAGAAGAUUGCUUAACAAUAAACUUUUAGUAA